AUGGCUAUGGCUAUGAGAAAACGGAGUGGUUCAGGCUCCAAACGUCAACAUAAGGGGAAGCUUGUACCAAUUUAUGAGAGCUUCUUCAAAGGAGAAGAUUUGACAUUAGCUCAUCCAAAUUUUUGGAAUGAAUUGUUCCUAAUUAAACCUAUGGUUCCACAUAUUGAGAGUGAAAUUUUACACAUGACAGCGGAACAAUUAAAUGCAAGCAGAGAAAAUUUAAAUGCCUUGGUCUGUCAUUGUGUGGACACAUUGGUCGAUGAACAUCCUUUCAGAGUUGUGUAUGCUUUGCAAACGUUAGCAGCUGUUAUACAGUCUAUGUAUAAGAAAGCUAGUCAAGGGGAUUGUGGAUUUAACUUAAUCGAUAUUCUAGUGGGAUUCGAUUCUGCUGAACAAAGGAUGACAACGUUAAUGCAACAUUGUAAUAGCUUUUUAACAGGUGAAUACCCUGAUAGCUUAAAAGCUUUAUGCUUGAAAUUAUUGUUAAUUAUUGUAACUGGCAUGGACAAUGUUAGUCAGAACACUUUGUUGGAAUAUGUUAUGCUUAAUAGUGUUUUUGAAUCUCUGGUUCAAUUGCUGAGAGACACAACAGCUAGAAGUCGUCAUGGCCAUGACGCGGUGUUGCUCUUAACACUUCUAGUCAAUUAUAGAAAGCAUGAAAGAGCAAAUCCUUAUAUUGUUAAAUUGUCAAUUUUAGAUGAUGAACUAGCUCUAAAUGGAUAUGGCCAAGUAAUAUCAAGUUCACUGAUGGAUUUUUGCAGACAAUUCGCUCAGCAAAGAGCAGAAAUACAAGCAUCUUGGCUGUCUUCCUUGACUAGUAUAGUAGGCAGCAUGUUCGUUGGAGAAGAGGAAGCAAAAACGCAACAAGUUCGUGCAAAUAACGCAUUGUUAUUAGCGCUUUAUGAAGCUACACACUUGAAUCGUAAUUUCGUAACAACCUUGGCUUAUACUCAAAGCGAUACAAGUGCACCACCAUCUCCGAAUAAUACGUUAGGACCAAAUGCGGUAGCUCCUGGGGCACAGCUACCGGAUGUGAUGGCUCAGCCAUUUAAUUUGUUGGCCACAUUUUUACAGUAUUGUUCAAUAGUUAUGCAGGUGAUCAGAACGGAGGCAAUAAUGAAUAAUGUCAAAUUGUGCUUCCUCAUAUUAAGUUGUAUUGCGGAGGAUCAAUAUGCAAACAGUUUGAUGCACGAUGCAAACUUGGCUUUUAGAGUACAACUUCAUAGGGUACCAAUGCAUCACAGAAAAAUACCAGAUAAAGUAGCACCCGCGCAACCAUUGGCUGCCACAUUACUUGAUUUACUCGUUGAAUUUAUUACAUCGCACAUGAUGAAAAAAUUCCCGCUUGAACUUUAUCAUCAAUGCAUCGGUGUUUUACAAAGGCUGCUCUGUUACCAAAAGAGAUGUAGAGUUAGACUUGGUUAUCAAUGGAGAGACCUAUGGACAGCAUUGAUUAAUCUCCUGAAGUUUUUAACCACCCAUGAAAGUCAUCUCAUUAAGAAAAUGAACAUAUUUCCAUUAGCCAUCCAGGUGGUGAAUAUUUUAAAUUUGUUUAUUACUUAUGGAGACACAUUUCUAUCUUCCCCAAGUAGCUAUGAUGAAUUAUUUUACGAGAUAAUACGAAUGAGGCUUAUUUUUACUAAUUUAAAUGCAAUGGCACUCCGAUAUUCGACGAGCGAAUCUUAUGAAUAUAAAGAGCAUGCAUUAAAAUUGACAAAUUGUUUGGUAAAUAUGAGAGACAUAGUGAACCAUUUCCCACCAAAAAUAGCAGCAUGGCUGGCCAGCGAAAGUUUGUCGACUCCGACGGAACAACAAAUAUUAGCGAUCAUAAUACAGAAUUAUGAUAGCCUCACCUUGAAAUUACAAGAUAACUUGGAUCAGUAUGAGAGGUACUCUGAGAAGCCUGAUCACGUUGCAUUUUUUGAAGAAAUGGUUACUGGAGUCGUAAUGGACACGAGAGGCUCGAUAGAUUUGAGUACUUUGGAUACGCAGGCUAUAUUACAAGAACUAUCGAAUAUUUCGUAACACAGAUUAUAUACAUGAGAAUACAAAUUGGAGCCUGUGCAUUACUUCGUUGUCAUGAUGUGUUAUAAUGUAUUUUUUUUAAUACAAUCGGCUUUACAUGUAUUUCUUUAAUGUUGCAAGGAAUGUAGUUUAUGGAGAACCGAAGUAUCACGAUGUAGUGUGUUUUGUCAUUGCGCUAUAUUUCUAUAAAUUGUGUAUACAAGGUUCAGAGUCAUUAAAAUUUAAUGAGUAAGGAAUUGGUAUUUAUUUUAUAAAAACGGACAAUUAAAUCGCAUGUUUCUAUUCAAUAA